GCUUAUUGGUCUGCAGAAGUCCACCCCGCAAGAUACUUGGUGGAUGCUGUAGCUGAAGCCCCAAUCGCCGUGAGGGGUGUUAUAUUUGCAUUCUGGUAUUUGCGUGCUUUUCACGGCUGGAGGACGUGGAUCACGUAGUGUUGCUUAAUCGGUAUUAGAGCAGGGCGAAUCAUGGCCGCUCUGCGAGAUUGCUCCAACUUCAGCUGCAAGUCUUGCUUGCUGACUAUCUUCCGUAAAUUCAAGAGCGAUCUACUACUUGCUUUCAUAAUUCUAGGAGCAGUUUUGGGCUUUGUCAUUGGCGCCAUAAUCAACAAACCGAUCGAGCAAAUCUUGACCCCCGAAGAUCGAAAGACCACUAUAAUGUUGAUCGGAUUUCCAGGCGAGCUCUUCAUGAACAUGCUGAAACUCGUUAUCCUUCCUCUAAUAGUGGCAAGUCUGAUUAGUGCAUUAGCCUGCAUGGAUCCCAAAGCCACGGGGAAGAUUGGGAGGCGUGUUUUACUGUUCUAUUUUCUCACGACUAUCAGUGCUGCUAUUUUAGGUCUGAUCUUGGUGCUUGCAAUUCGGCCCGGACGGGUCGUAAAACCGGUGGAGAAGCAAGGGCAGCCAGUGAGCUAUCGCACGAUGGAUUCAUUCUUAGACUUGCUAAGGAGCCUAUUCCCAAACAAUAUUGUUGAGGCAUGUUUUAUACAGUACAAAACAAAAUAUGCAUAUGACCCUGGCAAGUACAUGAGCUACAACACCACAGAAAACAUCACCUCCAUCACCUCUCGAGUCACAACCACCAUCAUCAGCAAUGGCACCCAUAACAUCACUACUGUAGUGAAGGAGGUGUACCCACCCAGUAAUCUCAUCCCGUCUGGCCGUCAAGCAUCAUCUGGCACUAAUGUGCUUGGUAUCGCCAUGUUUUGCUUGGUGUUUGGAAUCAUACUAAGCCGUAUGGGGGCCAAGGCAGAGCCACUAAGAGCUUUUUUCUGCUCACUCAAUGAUGCUGUUAUGAGACUUGUAAUGAUCAUCAUGUGGCUCUCUCCCAUUGGCAUCUGUAGUAUUGUGGCAGCCAAGGUCGGCGAGAUGGGGGAUAUUGUGGGUGUGCUCUCGAUGGUUGGUUACUUCAUGCUGACAGUGAUCAGUUCCAUCCUGAUUCAUGGUUUAUUUGUGCUCCCGCUUAUGUACUUCGUGAUGACGAGAAAGAACCCUUACAAGUUCAUGCUUGGUAUGGGGGAUGCUCUCGUCACAGCCUUUGGUAUUUCCUCUAGCUCAGCUACAUUGCCUACAACGAUCCGAUGUGCCGAGGAAACGGGAGUAGAUGAGCGCAUAGCGAAAUUUGUGCUACCGCUGGGUGCAACUGUCAACAUGGAUGGAGGCGCUCUCUUUGAAUCGUGUGUGGUGAUUUUCAUCGCGCAGAUCAAUGGAGUACCUAUGGAAGCGGCAUUUCUCUUCAACACUGUGUUGAUGGCGGCCGCUAUCUCUGUUGGUGCCGCAGGUAUCCCAUCCGCUGGUUUUAUCUACCCUGUUAUUGUAUUACAAUCUGUUGGUCUCCCUGUGGAGGACUUAGCUCUUGUCCUGCCCAUUGAAUGGCUUCUGGACCGGUUCCGUACGACAGUAAAUGUGUGGGGCGAUGCAGUAGGAGCAGGAAUAGUGAACCACAUGUCUAAAGCAGAUCUGGUCGCCAUGGAUGCCCUCCAAAUGGAACAAGGGCACGUCUCCCCUGGCUCACCAAGCUCAGAUCACCUCAUGAUCACGCACAAAGAUGCGGAUGAUCUGAUGACGACAGAAUUUUGACAAGCUCCCUCUAUUUAUCGUAUUGAGUCCAUGCAUGAGUAACUGACGGGAGUACUAUAAACAUCUAAAAUGAUUGAAUUUUAAAUACAUUUAUACCUUUUGUAAUUCACUUCGCUUUUGCCAGUUUUUGUUAGUUUGGCAUUACGAUCUGGGUUUAGUCAUAUUGAUAUUACAAAUGUCUUUGUAUAUAAAAAAACAUUAUUUUCCACCCACCAUAAAAUACACACAAAGUCAUUUUGAUUAUACAAUUUUCUUAAAAUGAUGCAAUUUUUAGCCAAUUUCCCUAACCAUAUCCAGGUUUUGAUGGACAUUUAUUAUGCAUGUUUUGCUCUUUUGCUUGUUCUUUUUUGCUUCCUAUGGAUAAAAGGAAAAUGAUCACAAGACCGUUUUCUGAGUCAAGUUGCUACUCCAAGUAAAUUGUUCACAGAACAUGAUGGUACAGAGAGCAUUCAACGUAGUCUUCUCUCUCAAUAAUCACCAUCAAGCUAUUUCUUACACUGGGACCACCACAAAACAGAACUCCAUUAAGCGGACACCCCCUCUGUAAAUUUUAAAUCUAAUCUGUACUCAAGCUCUCUAUAUAAAACCUCUAUAAAGCCAACACCUCCAAAGAUUGUCUGUCAUAUCAGGGGGCUGAAAAGAGGGAGGGGCAGAGGGUUCUACACAUGUUUUUGGAUAUUUACUUGUUUUACUACAACAGAAGGAGAACAAUUUCAGCUUGAUGGUGAUUUUAUUGUAGUUUUUCAAUCAUUGUUUAAUAAGUAUUUAUUAUUGUUGCAGUUUAGUUGAUUGCAUACAAUCGAAAUUGUAAAGAUUUAUAUGUUAGUUAGGCUUGAUUUCAUUCAUACCAUCUUUAAGAAAUCCAGGGUUUUUUUCUCUCACUGUUCAAUCCAGAAAAAAAAAGUCCCUAGGAAACAACUUUGUCACUACUCUUGAUGUGUUCAAAGAUUCAACUCAUCUGUAUUGAGGACUGUUUACACAGCAAUGACAGGUCUCAACAAGUCUUGCCACAACUUCUGACAAAGUUGCUUCGCAUGGACUUUUUCUUUCAUUUAGUAAAAAGGAAAGACAGAAAAUCGUGGCAUUUCUGAGGAUGAGCAACCACCAGUGUGCAAAUUUCUAAUUUUAUAAGCCCAGAAGUCAAACCUAAAAGUAGAAAUUUCCAAUUUAAUCCAUAGUUAGUAACGCGUGACGCAUAACAGCUUUGUAUAUACAGAUAAACAUCACCUUGUACUUGGAAAACAAUACAUUCGUCUUUAUAUGCAAUGCUAUUAAAGUCUGCUUUCUGUUUAUGACACAA